AUCCUCGCAGGGAGACCAGCACGACGGGGCAACGGCAGGGAGGACUUCGCUUCCACUGUCAACGGAGGUCCCAAGCCUACAUUAUCACCCGGGUGCCCGGAGGAGCCCACCCUUGGGCUAGGCCCCGCCCAGCAGACAAGACCACGCCCCCGAGCCACGCCCCUCUCGGGAAGCCCGCGUCUCGGCCGCGCCUCCCGGGCUCUUGCUCCCCGGUCCGCUCUCCCGAGCCCCACCUCCCGCAAUUCUAGCAGUUUAGGUGUAGCACCACAUCUGCCCCUGUCGCCUCCAGGGGCCUGAAGAAGCAGCGCGGACGGACCAGAGCAGGGGCCGCGUUGGGGAUGGGGCUUGGGCGGAAUGUCCGGGGACUGCAGUGCCCCGAGUGCACCCCAGCUCAGGGCAUUGGCAGCAUCUGGUCAGGUCCCGACCUCCACUCUUGCAGGCGGGGCCGCUGUUUGCUCAGAGUGGGCGGGUGGGGCGGACCGGAGGAGGCGUUCCUCGCGGAUGCAGCGGAUCCGGGAGGCCCAGCGGUCAGGUGUCCAGACUGCCCAAGCCUGGGGCCUUGGCCUUGCCAUGACCGAGCGGCGUGGGGGACUUGGGGCCCGCCUGGCCCGCCUGCUGGCUGGACUAGGGGCCCGGAGGGAGCGCAGGGGGAAGGCGACCUCAGAGGAGGCCAAACCCCGGGAUAGGCCCUGGGGUGGCCAGAGCUGCCCUGACCUGGCCCAGGGUCAGGGCAGCACCAGCGAUGUCAGACUCAAGGUCCAAGCCCAGAGCCAUUCAGAAUGGGACCUCCGGGUCAGGAGCCAAGGUGGCAUCUGGUCUGGGAAGCCACAGCAGCUCUCAGGGAGACCUGCCCAGCCUCUGGGGCGCCUGCAGAGGCCAGCAGUGGGCAGUGCUUCAGACCUGGCCAACUAUGCAUCCGUAGCACCCAAGGACCUGGCCCCAGCUGAGACCUCUGCAGAACGUGAUGAUGCCCACCCGGGGCCUACUCCUCAACAUAUGGAACAGGGAACCCCAGGCCGCCUCUGCCAGCAACCCCCACAUGUAGCCCCAGACGUCACUCAGAGGCUGGAGCCGCCCAGCAAUCUGGAAAACACAGUCCUGCCGCCCCACCCAGCAUGCCUCCCAGAGGUGGAGGGGGCAAAGGGCGAGCGGGACAUCUCAGGGCCUGUCCAGUCAGAGUCAUUCCCCCUACAUUCACGUCCCUCGGCCAGGAGGACCCGCUACCACAUCACUGUCAUCCUACAGGGGUGUGGGCAGACACCUGGGGAGGAGGGUGAGGAACCGGCCCAACCAGCUCCCCACCCCUGCGGCCCUGAGGAAUCCAGGGGCUGGCAGGAGCCUCCCCUGGGACUCCGCCCCGUCACGGGGUGCCUGACUGACCUGCCCCAGGAGCCCCAGCUGAGAGCCCUGCCGCUGCAUCAGGGGAGCACAGCCCAGUGGCAGGCUGGCCGGAAGCCUGGAUCCCCACACGGGCGGGCACUGGACUGCAGUGUGACGGAAACACCUCUGGACAGGUUGCCAGGGCCCAAUAUGGAGGAGGCAGCUGGGCCUCCGGCCCGGGCUGAGGCCCGAGUGGUAAGUGCCACACUGACGUGGCGACAGCGGCCGCCAGCCCAGGAAGAAAUUAGACACCAUUUUCACAAGGUGUCCCUGGUGUCAGGGGCCCGAGAGGAGAUGUUUGGGUACACCUAUGCUCAAGAGGAAGUCAAUGGCUUUGCUACUCGGGAAGAAGAGACUGUGAAUCACCAGGGCCUUCGGGAUGAAGCUGGCUCUGCAAACUUCCAGAGCCAUGGGCCCAUCUUUUCCAAGAAGUACAUGCCUCCCCCAAAGGAGAAAAAGCUGGUGGGCAGGCCAAAGUGGACUUCGGACCAGACUGACAGCAUCCCCCAGGCUCCUAGGACUGAGCCACCAGGCUUGGGAGCCGCAGCCAGGACUGAGCUGUUGGUGCCUCUACCUGGGCCCCGGGACCCAAGCCCCCACCCAGGCGGGAAUCACACUGGUGGGAGCACCUGGAACCGAGAGGAAUGUCGAGUGACACGCACUGUGCGCACAACCACAGUAGUCGGGGGCCAUGUGGACCACCGGAUGAGCAGCUCAGUGACUGUGGGACCGAUGCUGUCCAGUGAGACCUUGCCAAGGGGCCGCCACGUGGUCCGCUCGGUCCGGGCAGCAGUGGUGAACCCUCAAGCUGAGGACUCACCCAGCCGCAGCAAGGCCCGGGAGCUGCUGGGUAGCCUGGUGGCUGCUGAGUCCAGCUCUCCUGCCAGCCGCCUCCCCAGGCCCACAAAUGUUGUGCCAAGGAGCCCGGGGCUGGGUGGCACAGAGGGGACUGUCUUGGAGCAGCUGCCUGAGACUGGGACAGCCCAGCCAAAGGUCCCUGCGGGCAGCCCAGUGGGUCCUCAUCCACCCCAGAACCACGAAGUCCCUACCACCUGCCCAGACCAAGACCAAGGCAGAGCCUUGGACAUCAAGGCUUGUGAGCCCCUAAGGGUGCAGGGAGCCUCCAGCCCUACUCCGUUGCCUCCUCAGACUUCUCGGGGCCAAACACCAGUGCCCUCUUCUCCCAGACUCCAGACCCGUGCUUCCUCCCCGGGCUUGGCCCAACGCUCAGAGCAGCCCGUGCUUGCCUCUCAGCCCAGGGCCGAGCCCAGUCCCCAGCCCAGGCCCCAUGGCCUGCCCUCUGUAGAGGGGGAAAGACUUGCAGAUCCCCCUGCUGCGCCCACCCCACCUGUAGAGAGGACUGAGGCUGCUACAGUCCCUGGACAGCCUCUCAUUCCACCUUCUAUUACGAAGAAGCCUGUCCCCAGCCCAGGAGGUCUUUCCGCUGCCUCCUCACGAAGGAGUAAAUUUGUUCAGGACUCUGAGAAUGUGCCUCUGUCCUCCCUUACUCAGAAAGAGGUUCUUCACGUCCCUGGUGCACCCAGUGCCUCAUCCCCUAAGCCAACCAAGGUUACCCAGGGCCCAGAAGGAGAUCCUAGCACCCAAAAGGAGGUUGCUAAAAGCAUCCCCACCCCCUCUCUUCCCAAGGAAGAGACUGUUCAAGGCCCAGCUGCUCCUGUUCCCCUACUCCUCAAAGAGGAGGAGGCCAGCCCCGGGGCCAGAGGGAGCCCUGUGUCAUCUUCUACUCAGAAAGAGGAUAUCCAGAGCCCUGCUGUUUCUUUCACCCCAUCCUCGGUGGGCAAGGAGACCCCCAGUCCAGGAGGCACCCCUGUUUCAGUGCCAGUGGAAACAGAGGCCAGCACGGAGUCCCAACUUGUCCCUGACUCUGUUGAGGACAAGUCACUUCCAGAGUCAUCAAACGAGGAGGAUGAGAUGGCCCUGGCUGCUGACCUGGAGAUUUUCCUGGAUACACUUCGGAGCAUGGAGCCCCCUGAGAUCCUCCGCACUCACCGGCUGCCCCGAGCCCCACGCUCCUCCUACUUGGCCAUGUACGCCACGCUGCCUGCCAUUGAUGAAGACCAUCCUGGGCCAUGGAUGCUGGGGCCCAGUCCCCAGGUGGUGCCUACCUUGGAGGAGGAGAAAGAGAAGGUAGAUGAGAAGGAGGAAGAGGAACUAGAGAACCCUUAUCUGAGUGAUGAUGAGAAGCUUCAGCGCAGGCAGGAGAAAGCUGGACCCAGUCCUUCCUGGGGUUCCCGUCCUGCCAGACCCACCCAGGACUCCUGCUCACCUCUGGAGAUGAUGAAGAAACAUGUAGCGGAUGCCAAGAGUUCUCACCCAGAACUUGGGCUGGAACUGCAGACUGGCACCCGGCCCACUUCCCGGCUCGGCAGCAGUAUUCUUUUUAGCAAUCUGGUUCCUGCCACCAAAGAGGCCCCCAGCCUGGAGCCACUGGGUGCAAAACUAUCUGUUCUGCCACCCCAUCCGGCACCGGGGCUCAGGAAAGUGCCUGGACAGUUGCCCCUACUCUGCAGCGGAAGGCCACCACCAGAGAAGCUGACAUGUGCCCAGCCCCUGGAGGGGUGGAGCCCAUCCUUGAAGAAACAGGGCAAGCUCAAUACCAGGCCUGGGAAGGUGAUCUUCUUCUCAGAGCCCGGCUGCCAGGGCAGCAGCAGAGAGGUCUAUGAAGAUAUUGCUGAUGCCUCGGGCUGGGACCUUGUCGCCUCCAUAAGGGUGGUGCGAGGAUGCUGGGUGCUAUACGAACAGCCGCAGUUCCAGGGCCAAAAGUUGGUUCUGCCUGAAGGAGACGUGGAACUCAGAGGCCUGCGGCCAGCCUGGAGCACUCACGGCAUUGGCUCCCUCCGGCGGGUUGUCCGGGACUACUGCACCCCAGAGAUCAUCCUGUUCUCUGAGGAGGGCCUCAAGGGUGAGCAAGUGAAGCUAACUGAGGCCUUGAAGGAUCCUGAGGGCCUGGAGAGGCCCCUGCAAGUGGCCUCUGCCACUGUCUCUGCAGGACUGUGGAUGCUGUACCCCAAACCAUUCUUUGAAGACACCCCCUAUAUCCUGGAACCUGGAGAGUACCCUACUUUGGAGGCCUGGGGUACAUCAAACCCCACCGUGGGCUCCCUGAAGCCCAUGACAUUGGGCUGUCCAAGUGUGGAGAAGCCAGCGGAGCCCAAGGCAGUGGUGUAUGAGGCUCCAGAUUUUCAGGGCAAGAGCUGGGAAGUGAGCAGAGAUAUCUACAACCUUCAGCAGCCAGAGGACAGCCAGAGCCCCGACCUGGCCUCUGUGGGGUCCUUGCGGGUUCUUGGGGGCUGCUGGGUGGGCUAUGAGAAGGCGGGCUUCCGCGGCCACCAGUACCUGCUGGAGGAAGGCGAGUAUGCUGACUGGUCGCACUGGGGAGGCUAUGAUGAAUUGCUGACCUCCCUGCGGAUCAUCCGGACGGACUUCGGGGACCCGGCUGUGGUGCUAUUUGAGGCCAUGGACUUCCAAGGGCACGGCGUGGAGGUGAGCACUGCACUGCCGGAUGUGGAGCUAAUGCAACAUGGACCGCACACACAGGCCAUCCACGUGCUCAGCGGCGUGUGGGUGGCCUACGAGCAGGUGGGCUUCUCUGGCGAGCAGUACGUGCUAGAGAAGGGUGUGUACCGAAAUUGCGAUGACUGGGGCGCGGGCAACAGCGCCCUCGCCUCGCUGCAGCCGGUACUGCAGGUCGGGGAGCACGAUCUGCACUUCGUCUCAAAGAUUCAGCUUUUCUCCGGCCCCGACUUCCUGGGCGAACACCUCUGCUUCGAGGAUGACCAAGCCUGUCUGCCCCCCUCCUUCCAGCCGCAGUCCUGCCGGGUUCUCGGAGGCAGCUGGAUCCUGUUUGAUGGGAAGAACUUCGAGGGGGACCAGCACAUCCUCUCUGAGGGCGAGUUCCCUACCCUCAUGGCCAUGGGCUGCCUGGCCUCCACGGUCCUGGGCUCCCUCCGGAAAGUGCCCCUGCACUUUUCAGAACCUGCCAUUUUCUUGUACGGACUGGAGUGCUUCGAAGGGAAGGAGAUCGAGCUCAGCGGGGAGGUUCGGAGCCUGCAAGCCCAGGGCUUCAACAACCACGUACUGUCCGUGCGGAUCAAGGGGGGCGUCUGGGUGCUGUGUGAGCACAGUGACUUCCGAGGCCACCAGUGGCUGGUGAGCAGCUGCGAGAUCACCAACUGGCUGACCUACAGCGGCACCCAGAGGGUGGGCUCCCUCUACCCCAUCAAGCAGAUGGGGAAAUAAAGGCCCAGAGAAGUGGACAAGGAUUUGCUCUGCAAUCUUGGCGCCAAGCUUAUUUCUGCCUCUGGAAUGCGGCCCUGGGAGGAUUCCUGGCAGUACCAGACCAUGUGGAGGACAUGAAGGCGGGCCGUGUGGUGGUCUCCAG